CUCGGGGACCUGAGAGCAUCGGGGUGGAGGACUACCAACAGCGUGGACCACUUUCUACGGCACUUGUUCGGAGCCUGCCAGUGUCGCCCGGCCAUGGCGGAGCAGGACCCCUCGGCGGAGAAACCCCCGGCCGCUUCUCACUUCACCAUCGGCUCGGUGUCGGAGGACAACUCUGAGGACGAGACGGCGAGCAAGACGGUGCCCUCGGCGGAGGAAAAGGACAGCUCCAUCUCUCCAUCCUCGCUCAGCUCGGACAGCGCUUUCGAAAGCCUGGACGGGCCUUUGCACAACAUGAGGCCCAGUAUGUCCGGGUUGCACUUGGUGAAGCAGGGUCGGGACCGCAGGCGCCUCGAUCUGCAGAGGGACUUCACCGUGGCCUCGCCGGCCGAGUUCGUCACCCGAUUCGGAGGAAACAAAGUCAUCGAAAAGGUUCUCAUCGCCAACAAUGGCAUCGCCGCCGUGAAGUGUAUGCGCUCCAUCCGGCGCUGGGCGUACGAGAUGUUCCGGAACGAGCGUGCCAUCCGUUUUGUCGUCAUGGUAACCCCCGAGGAUCUGAAGGCCAACGCGGAGUACAUAAAAAUGGCUGAUCAUUACGUACCCGUUCCCGGGGGGACCAACAACAACAACUACGCCAACGUGGAGCUGAUUUUAGACAUCGCCAAACGCAUUCCAGUACAGGCGGUGUGGGCCGGAUGGGGACACGCCUCGGAGAAUCCGAAACUCCCAGAGCUGCUGUACAAGAAUGGCAUCGCGUUCAUGGGUCCCCCCAGCCAGGCCAUGUGGGCACUGGGAGACAAGAUCGCGUCCUCCAUCGUGGCGCAGACGGCCGGCAUUCCCACUCUACCCUGGAGUGGAUCAGGUCUGACUGUCACGUGGUCAGAAAGUGACAAGAAGAAGCGGAUCGUGAACGUACCCGACGAGCUGUACGAGCAGGGCUGCAUCCAGGACGUGGAGGAGGGUCUGAAGGCGGCGGAGCAGGUGGGCUACCCGGUGAUGAUCAAGGCUUCGGAGGGUGGAGGUGGAAAGGGCAUCCGCAAGGUCAACACCGCCGACGACUUCCCCAAUCUCUUCAGACAGGUACAGACAGAGGUGCCCGGCUCGCCCAUCUUCGUCAUGCAGCUCGCCAAACACGCUCGUCACCUGGAGGUUCAGAUCCUGGCUGAUCAGUACGGAAACGCCAUCUCGCUGUUCGGCAGAGACUGUUCGGUCCAGCGCCGACACCAGAAGAUCAUAGAGGAGGCGCCCGCCACCAUCGCCACCUCCGACGUGUUCGAGAACAUGGAAAAGUGUGCGGUCGAACUGGCUAAAAUGGUGGGCUAUGUGAGCGCCGGAACCGUGGAGUAUCUCUACAGUCAGGACGGAAGCUUCUACUUCCUGGAGCUGAACCCCCGUCUGCAGGUGGAACACCCCUGUACCGAGAUGGUGGCCGACGUCAAUCUGCCCGCCGCUCAGCUACAGAUCGCCAUGGGCAUCCCUCUGCACCGCAUCAAGGACAUCCGGAUGCUGUAUGGCCUGCAGCCGUGGGGAGACUCGCCCAUCGACUUCGAUGCGCUCUGUACCGCCCCGUGUCCGCGAGGGCACGUCAUCGCGGCCCGUAUCACCAGCGAGAACCCAGACGAGGGAUUCAAGCCGAGUUCAGGGACGGUGCAGGAGCUGAACUUCCGCAGUAAUAAGAACGUCUGGGGGUAUUUCAGCGUGGCUGCGGCGGGGGGGCUGCACGAAUACGCCGACUCCCAGUUCGGCCACUGCUUCUCCUGGGGUGAAAAUCGUGAGGAGGCGAUCUCGAACAUGGUGGUGGCUCUGAAGGAACUCUCUAUCAGAGGAGAUUUCAGGACCACAGUCGAGUAUCUAAUCAAACUCUUAGAGACCGAGAGCUUCCAGCACAACAGUAUCGACACCGGCUGGCUGGAUCGACUCAUCUCUGAGAAAAUGCAGGCGGAGCGGCCGGAUACGAUCCUGGGAAUAGUGAGCGGGGCGCUACACGUGGCCGACGUGAACUUCAGGAACAGUGUAUCCAACUUCCUGCAUUCCCUGGAAAGGGGUCAGGUGCUGGCGGCCCACACGCUGGUGAACACGGUGGACGUGGAGCUGAUCUACGAGGGCACCAAGUACGUCCUGAAGGUGACCCGCCAGUCGCCCAACUCCUACGUGCUCAUCAUGAACGGCUCGUCGGUGGAGGUGGACGUGCACCGGCUCAGCGACGGCGGCCUCCUGCUGUCCUACGACGGCAGCAGCUACACCACCUACAUGAAGGAGGAGGUGGACCGGUACCGGAUCACCAUCGGUAAUAAGACGUGCGUGUUCGAGAAGGAGAACGAUCCGUCCCUGCUCCGGUCACCUUCUGCCGGGAAACUCAUCCAGUACACGGUGGAGGACGGCGGUCACGUGUUUUCCGGACAGUGCUACGCUGAAAUUGAGGUAAUGAAGAUGGUCAUGACUCUGACAGCAGCCGAGUCGGGGUGUAUUCACUACGUGAAGCGAGCAGGGGCGGUCCUGGAGCCGGGAUGCAUCAUAGCCAAACUGCAGCUGGACGAUCCCAGCCGAGUCCAGCAGGCGGAGCUGCACACCGGAGCGCUACCUGUCGUUCAGGCCGUGGCUCUGAGAGGAGAGAAACUGCACCGUGUUUUCCACAGCACCCUGGAUCACCUGGUUCACGUCAUGAACGGCUUCUGCCUGCCCGAACCCUUCUUCAGUGUCAAGCUGAAGGACUGGGUGGAGCGGCUGAUGACGACCCUGCGCGAUCCGUCCCUGCCCCUGCUGGAACUACAGGACAUCAUGACGAGCGUGUCGGGUCGAAUCCCGCCCGCCGUGGAGAAGGCCAUCAAGAAGGAGAUGGCGCAGUACGCCAGCAACAUCACAUCUGUGCUCUGCCAGUUCCCCAGCCAGCAGAUCGCCAAUAUUUUGGACAGCCAUGCGGCUACGUUGAACAGGAAGUCGGAGCGCGAGGUCUUCUUCAUGAACACGCAGAGCAUCGUGCAGCUCGUCCAGAAGUAUCGCAGCGGUAUCCGGGGACACAUGAGGGCGGUGGUGAUGGAUCUGCUCAGGCAGUAUUUGAAGGUGGAGGUGCAGUUCCAGCACGGUCACUAUGAAAAGUGUGUGUUCACUCUGCGUGAAGAGAACAAAGGCGACAUGGCGAACGUCCUCAACUACAUCUUCUCCCACGCCAAGGUCACCAAGAAGAACUCUCUGGUCACCAUGCUCAUUGAUCAGCUGUGUGGACGAGACCCCACACUGACCGAUGAGCUUAUGGCGAUACUUACUGAGCUCACACAGCUUAGCAAGACCACCAAUGCUAAAGUGGCACUGCGUGCCCGCCAGGUGCUGAUUGCAUCUCACCUGCCAUCGUAUGAACUGCGGCACAACCAGGUGGAGUCCAUCUUCCUCUCUGCCAUCGACAUGUACGGACACCAGUUCUGCAUCGAGAACCUGCAGAAACUCAUUUUGUCUGAGACGUCCAUCUUCGACGUGCUGCCCAACUUCUUCUACCACAGCAACCAGGUGGUCCGGAUGGCCGCUUUAGAGGUGUACGUACGGCGAGCCUAUAUCGCUUAUGAACUUAACAGUGUGCAGCACCGGCAGCUGAAGGACAACACGUGCAUCGUGGAGUUCCAAUUCAUGCUGCCCACGUCUCAUCCCAACAGAGGGAACAUCCCCACCCUAAACAGGAAACUGUCUCUGCCGCUACUGGACUACAAAAUUAGAGCUAGCGUCGCUAGCGAUACGGCUACCCCGACCCUGGUCAGGGCGGCUAGUGACGCUCAGGACAGAAUGUCCUUCUCCUCGAACCUGAACCAUUACGGAAUGUUGCACGUGGCCAGCGUGAGUGACGUUCUGCUGGAUACCUCCUUCACCCCGCCAUGCCAGCGUAUGGGAGCCAUGGUGUCCUUCCGCUCCUUCCAGGAGUUCACCAGAAACGUAAGCGAGGUGCUGAGCUGCUUCUCAGACUCUCCCCCCGCCAGCCCCUCGUUCCCGGAGGGGGGGAACCCGGUGCUGUACGGAGAGGAGGACAACAAGAGUGUUCAGGCCGAACCCAUCCACAUCCUGAACGUGGCUAUAAAGACAGACAGCGACAUCGACGACGACGGUCUGGCGGCCAUGUUCAGGGACUUCACCCAGUCCAAGAAAUCCGUUCUGUUUGAACACGGCAUCCGCCGGCUCACCUUCCUGGUGGCUCAGAAGGAUUUCAGGAAACAGAUCAACUGUGAGGUGGACCAGAGGUUUCAUAGGGAAUUCCCCAAAUUUUUCACAUUCCGUGCAAGAGACAAGUUUGAGGAGGACCGGAUCUACAGGCACUUGGAGCCGGCGCUGGCCUUCCAGCUAGAGCUGAACCGCAUGCGCAACUUUGCUCUCACCGCCAUACCGUGCGCCAACCACAAGAUGCACCUGUACCUUGGCGCCGCCCGCGUGGAAGUGGGCGCGGAGGUCACCGACUACCGCUUCUUCGUCCGGGCCAUCAUCCGCCACUCGGACCUCGUCACCAAGGAAGCCUCUUUCGAGUACCUGCACAACGAGGCCGAGCGGCUCCUGCUGGAGGCCAUGGACGAGCUGGAGGUGGCGUUUAACAACACCACAGUGCGCACCGACUGCAACCACAUCUUCCUCAACUUCGUCCCCACCGUCAUCAUGGACCCCUCCAAGAUCGAGGAGUCGGUGCGCUCCAUGGUGAUGCGUUACGGCAGCCGGCUGUGGAAGCUGCGCGUGCUGCAGGCCGAGCUGAAAAUCAACAUCCGACUCACGCCCACCGGAAAACAGAUCCCCAUCCGCCUGUUCCUCACCAACGAGAGCGGCUACUACCUGGACAUCAGCCUGUACAAGGAGGUCACGGACUCGCGCACGGGACAGGUGGGGCCCAAUGACCGGCAGAUCAUGUUCCAGGCCUACGGAGAUAAGCAAGGUCCUCUGCACGGCAUGCUCAUCAACACUCCGUACGUCACCAAAGAUCUGCUGCAGUCAAAGCGCUUCCAGGCCCAGAGCCUCGGCACCACCUACGUCUACGACCUGCCCGAGAUGUUCCGACAGUCUUUAAAAAAGCUGUGGCAGUCCAUGGAUGCGUAUGCCCACCUGCCCAAGUGCCCGCUGCCCUCCGAGCUUCUGACCUCCACCGAGCUGGUGCUGGAUCAGCAGGGGCAGCUGGUGCAGAUGAACCGUCUGCCCGGCGGCAACGAGAUUGGCAUGGUGGCGUGGCGAAUGACCCUCCGGACCCCUGAGUACCCGGCGGGACGCGACAUCAUCGUGAUCAGCAACGACAUCACGCACAAGAUCGGCUCGUUCGGGCCGCAGGAGGACGUGCUGUUUCAGCAGGCGUCGGAGAUGGCGCGCGACGCCGGCAUCCCGCGCAUCUACAUCGCCGCCAACAGCGGCGCCCGUAUCGGGCUGGCGGAGGAGAUCAGACACAUGUUCCACGUGGCCUGGCAGGACCCGGCCGACCCCUACAAGGGCUUUAAGUACCUUUACCUCACACCUCAGGACUACAAGAAGGUGUCAGCGCUCAACUCGGUGCACUGCGAACACAUCGAGGACGAAGGGGAAUCCAGGUACAAGAUCACGGAUAUUAUCGGGAAGGAGGACGGUCUGGGCGUGGAGAACCUGCGAGGAUCAGGGAUGAUCGCCGGAGAAUCGUCGCUCGCCUAUGAAGAGAUCAUCACCAUGAACCUGGUGACCUGCAGGGCUAUCGGUAUCGGUGCUUACCUGGUGCGUCUGGGUCAGAGAACCAUCCAGGUGGACAACUCGCACAUCAUCCUCACAGGGGCCGGCGCUCUCAACAAGGUGCUGGGUCGUGAAGUUUACACCUCUAAUAACCAGCUGGGAGGGACACAGAUCAUGCACAAUAACGGUGUAACACACACCACCGUGUGCGAUGACUUUGAGGGCGUGUACACACUCCUGCAGUGGCUUUCCUACAUGCCCAAGAACAUCUCGAGUCCUGUGCCUCUUCUAACAGCCAAGGACCCCAUCGAUCGGCCAGUGGAGUUCGUGCCCACUAAAGCUCCCUACGACCCCCGCUGGAUGCUGGCAGGACGACCCAAUCCCAACCCUAAAGGAGCGUGGAUCCGUGGUUUCUUUGACCAGGGUUCAUUUCUGGAGAUCAUGCAGCCCUGGGCACAGAGUGUGGUAGUGGGCAGAGCCAGGCUGGGUGGGAUCCCGGUCGGAGUGGUUGCCGUGGAGACAAGAACAGUUGAGCUGUCCAUCCCGGCGGAUCCGGCCAAUCUGGAUUCAGAAGCCAAGAUCAUCCAGCAGGCGGGUCAGGUGUGGUUCCCCGACUCUGCAUUUAAAACCGCUCAGGCCAUUAAAGACCUGAACCGGGAGGGACUUCCUCUCAUGGUGUUCGCCAACUGGAGAGGCUUCUCUGGAGGCAUGAAGGACAUGUACGACCAGGUGCUGAAGUUUGGGGCGUACAUUGUGGACGGACUGAGGGAGUACAGGCAGCCCGUACUGGUCUACAUCCCGCCACAGGCUGAGCUCCGUGGUGGAUCGUGGGUAGUGAUUGAUCCCACCAUCAACCCACGUCACAUGGAGAUGUAUGCUGACAAGGACAGCCGGGGUGGAGUGCUGGAGCCAGAGGGAACAGUGGAGAUUAAAUUUAGGAAGAAAGACCUGGUGAAGACCAUGAGACGGGUGGAUCCGAUUUACAUGAGCUUGGCUGAGAGGCUGGGCACACCAGAGCUGAGUCCAUCAGAGCAUAAAGAGCUGGAGACCAAACUGAAGGAGCGUGAGGAGUUCCUGUUACCCAUCUACCACCAAGUCGCGGUCCAGUUCGCCGAUCUGCACGAUACGCCGGGGCGCAUGCAGGAGAAGGGCGUGAUCACGGACGUGUUGGAGUGGAGCACGUCGCGGCAGUUCUUCUACUGGCGACUGCGGCGCCUCCUGCUGGAGAACACGGUGAUGAAGAAGAUCCAGUUGGCCAACAGCGAGCUGACCGAUGGCCAGGUUCAGGCCAUGCUGCGCCGCUGGUUCGUGGAGGCUGAAGGAGCCGUCAAGGCGUAUCUGUGGGACAGUAACGAGGACGUGGUGGAUUGGUUGGAGAGGCAGCUGACGGAGGAGGAAGGGGCGCGGUCGGUCAUCGACGAGAACAUCAAGUACAUCUGCAGAGAUCACAUCCUCAAACAGAUCCGCAGUCUGGUCCAGGCGAACCCAGAGGUGGCCAUGGACUCCAUCGUGCACAUGACGCAGCACAUCUCCCCCACCCAGCGAGCCGAAGUGGUGCGCAUCCUCUCCACCAUGGACGCCCCCAAUUCUUCCUGAUCGCGCCACGCCCGGCCAGGGCCCGAGAGGAACCGCCCGAAGGAGCACCGAGGCCAACGGAUCCACCGGCUGUGAUUCUGGACUGAUCGGCCGUCGCGCUGGCUAUCGUUUUCUCUCUCUCGGUUCCGAAAAACACGCACAUGCUCAGUAAAGACGAGCCGAGCCUGACCUUUGUUGUGUGUGUGAUGUUAGCGUUAGCAUUAGCUUAGCUUCGUAAUGCUAAGCGCACUUCAUGAAAUAGCACUUAAUAGCGGAGGGUUCGUGUUCAGCCACAUUCUGAUCAGGGAAGAAAUUGAUGAUGAUGCUAAGCAAGCUGUAGCAGCUGUUAGCAACUAGCGAGUACUACUAUUAUGGCCAGUACAAUCAGAACACGGCUAGUAAUAAACCUUGUACUUUUACAGCAUGUACUUUUUAAUGGGUGUAGUCGCCAGCUAAAGGCAACCAUUAUUACGAUGUGAAAUUAGCCGACCGUGUGUCGCGUUAAACAAAUGUAGAAGCAGCUGUGUGUAUAUUUUUGACCCAGGUGUUGUUAUGUAUAUAUUUAGGAAAUACCCCCCCAACCCCCACCCAAAAAUUAGAAAUAUCAAGGUGACGUUACUCUGGCUAAAUUAGUCUUGUAGCUUCAGUGCUAAGCUUGCUGAUUGAGUACAUAUAAGUGCAGGAACGUUUGAAUUUCACAUCUUUAGCCAGAAGGUGUCACUAUGCACCACACACACCGGGUUCUAGUGUCGAUAAAAUCCACGCUUGGUAACACUACUAGUUACGCACACAGGAUUAACAUUUUCUAACCUGCAGUACGCAACUUCCUACAUUACGUUACUAGCAGUCGUACUUAAAAUGUGGGGCUCACUUUAGUUACAGUCAGUUUGAGUCACUGUCUUGAAGCUCGGUAGACACCUUUGGCCGUGCCAGGGAGGGAGGAACGGAUAUCAUUUCUCCUCUUUUCCUCCGCAACAGCGCCUCCUGCUGUCUGAUCAAGUGGUGGAGAAACACAUAGGGCAUAGCGUGACUCUCAGUCUGCUGUAUGGUUUUCUUUGAGAAUCCAAAGAUAGUGGUGAGAGCAGCAGAUUAAUUUUAGUGGGAAUUGGAAAUGACAAAGUUAUUAAAUAAAUGAUGAUAAUAAAUCAGAACGGUCAUGCCUGGUACUCGCAUAUUAUCAGACAUAAUGGUUACGAGCACUCACGAGCGGUUUCAUGAAGGAAGGUUCAGCUAAACUGUAACAAACGCUUCUAAUAGUGUAGAAAUUCUCACAGUGCUCGCUCGAACUGUAGGACCAAAUUUCAGGUCAUUAAUUGUUUAUUUUUAUUAAAAACACACUACAUGAUUUAGUAAAAAAAAAAGAAGUGAACGGUUGGAGGCGGUUUUUUUUGUGUUGUUUGUUUCAGUCCCUUGUUGGUUGAACGUAAAUCUUUAAACGUGUUACUGAAAAGACUAGCGAGCGGCUAGAUGACUGAUCUGAACACAGAAUGUGUGUUUACAAUAGCAAACUUGUCUUGCUAUGAAACGUAACUCAAUAAAAUCGAAUUAAUUUA